AUGGGCCGAGCCACGCGCGUGGCGCUGGGUCUUCUCCAAGUGGCCGCCCUGAGCAGGUGUGUCUUUGGCGCUGACACGUUGGCCUGUGAGGCCACUGGGUCAGAGGAUUGGCCUGCGGUUCACCGACAGCUCCUACGCCUGUUGGAUGGACAGGUGGGAGCCAACGUGCUGGGGGCCGAACUGGAUCGAGUCUCGGAGUCUUUGAGGGCGGCCCAAAAGGAGAGCGACCAGAACAACCAGAGCAACGAGCACUUGGAUUGCCUUCCUGGGCGCAUUUCGUUGGAUCUCCUCCUGCUGCUUACACAUCCAGGACCAUUUGAUGGAAUUUGGAAUGAGGAAGGCCUGUUAGAUCUCAAUUGGCGUCGUUUCCCUUGGCCCACGGUGGUGCGCAGUGGUUGGCCGGUGUUCCGGUUGUUGCGGCUGCUCCAAAAGCGAGCGCAGGCACAAGCGGAGGCAGCGGCAGUCCCGGGCUGCGAGGAUACCGAGGAUUCCUUUGAAGCGACUCUCUUGAAGCAUGUACGUCACCAGAAGGUCCACGAGGCGAUCUUGGGCGCCAGCGUGGGUUUUUUGCUGAAUCCAUCGGACAGAUGUCCCCUUUCCACAGCAGCUGCAUACUUAGCCAGCGCUUGGGUUCGAUUUCCCGUCUACGACGAGGAGACGGAGGACAUACUUGGUCUAGCAGAAGAAAGUGUACGAAACCUGAGUUUGGCCAGCAUCCUGGUAACAGACCAUGGAUUGCUGGCUAUGCUGGACGACGUGGCAGGCUCCUACCAGGCUUUCUUGAUCGAUUCUGGGGCCUUGUACGUCGACAUGAGGCAGCAGGAGGACGAGAAUGUGGUUGACUACACCCGCCACAUGAUGAGUGCAGCAAGCCGGGCCCACGAGGAUGAGAAGCAGUGUGAGCUCCAGGCUCAAACGCCGCUGGGCCGCUGCAACGGCUUCGCGGCGCUGGGGAGCGCCUUGUCGCCUUGGAGGUCUCGCGGAGUGGCACAGGAGGACACGGUCCGAGCACUUCAGGCCACCGAGAAGGAUGGCUCCCCACAGGCUUUGCUCUUCCGCUUGGUUGAGCAUGAUGCGACCAGUGCAGAGCUCCGACUUCUGACAACGGAUGAGGUGAUGAGAGACUUUGAGCCGCUCGUGGAGUGCCUGGCGCAGAUCUUGGUUCCUAUCCUGGCAGCUAUGCUUGACAUGCCCAGGCUCGAGUUUGUGGUUGCCCUGGAAGAGAUGAAGAAGCCUCAGGCGCCUCUCCUUGCAGGUCGCCGCCAGGAUGUACCACCGCCACUCUUUUGCUUUUGUCAAGGUCAGAAGAGAGGUGCCUUCAAAGGAAUUCCACUGCCGGCACUUUGUCCUGAAUUCCGCCCAACAUGCACCCACAAGGAAGAGGCCAUGUCAGAAGAGGAGCAGCUUUGCUACAUCUUCCGACUGCUGAGCGGAUUUUCGGAGCUGCUGCGCUAUGUGCCUCCCGGCCACGCGGCCGAGGAACAGGCAUGGACGCUGGAUGAUCUCAGCGUCACGGCCGGUGUCUCAGUGAAGAGAGCUUGGCCAGUGGUGGGAGGAGAUCCUGCGCUGGAAGAAUCCGUUUUACAUUGUGCAAAGCCUUUGGGCGCGGAUGCGGAGAGGAAGACGCUAGCCGGCCACACAGCACGGCGGCGAGCCGCAGCCACGCAGCACAGGCGCACAGCAUCCACCACGGUUCGUCCACCCCGCGGCGCGGUAGACCGCGCUUCGUGGCGUUUCCAACCGCGGCGCCGACCCGGAGAGCUCGGUGGCCGUGCUUCCCGUCUUCGUACGGCUUUUUGGGCCGUGCUGCUGGAGCUCCAUUGGGCGUUGGCCGUGAUCCUCGGGCUGAUCCUCAUUGCGGGACUGAUUCGCUCCUACCGCAUCCUCAAGCAGACGCAGCACCUCACGGUGGUUCGACAUGCUCCAGAGGGGAUGCGAAUCGUGGAAUGCGGCAAUUGUCGCACGCCACAGUAUGUUAGUGCACAUGGGCGCAUUUUUAUUUGCUGCACCUGCCAUUGUGCCAAUCGGAUACCUUUGGAGAUCGGCCGCUCAGAGGAGCUGAUUGUUCCGGAGGGUCCGCUGAAGAAGUUCGAGUUCAAGAAGGGUGGAGAAAACUACUGGCAGGAGGGAAGCGAAAUGUUCGAACAAGACAAAGAAGCAGAGGCGAGGGUGGCCUUGAAGAAUCAACGCCGGAACGCACACGUGGUGAAGCCGUUGUGGCUUGGGACGCGCUUGGGCGAACCGCGCGCGUCGGGUAUGACCGCGAAGGACCUUCCAGACCGCGACCACUGGGAGGCUCUUUUGACCACCAAUUGGCAGAAUCUCAUUGAUGCCCCGGCAAGUGUCAAAGCGGAUUUUCGCUGCAUCGAAAUCGCCACGAAGCAAACCUGGAAGGCGCUGCGCUACGCCGCGGAGGAGCUUCGUGAUGAUCCGGUCUUCGUGCUGCCAAUGGUGGAAAGCUGUUGGUGGGCACUGGAAUGUUUAGGGGACAAUGCUCGACGAGACGAGGAAGUCGCAGCAGCCGCGUUGAAGCAGAGCAGCCUAGCCUUUGAGUGUCUUCCACCUGAGAUGCGAGAGGACCUCAUCACCUUGCAGGAAGCCGUGCGUCGGGAGCCCGACGAACACCGCGGUGGAUGGGGGUCGAUGAACACCUGA